GUCAUAAAAAACAAGGAAAUACAUAUAAUGAAUCAGAGAGGGGAUUAUCUUAAUCUGAGUAUUCUGUUUAAAGACGGAUGUGCUGUUAGGGGAGGGGAUGCAUCUCGUAAAGAAAGUUAACGUCAUUUUAAAGAACUAAUCCGCCGGAGUGCUGUGUUUUUAUUUUUUAAAUUAAACCGUAUGCCUAUGAUGGAACGAGCGAUGGAGCAACUCAACGUACAGCUGCAUAGGCUGACACGGUCACUUAGACGCGCAAGAACUGUGGAACUGCCCGAAGACAAUGAAACAGCUGUCUACACUUUGAUGCCUAUGGUGAUGGCUGAUCAACACAGGUCUGUUUCAGAAUUACUUUUGAAUUCAAAGUUUGAUGUCAAUUACGCUUUUGGACGUGUGAAGAGAAGCUUGCUGCACAUUGCAGCAAACUGUGGUUCAGUUGAAUGUCUUGUUUUGCUGUUGAAAAGAGGAGCCAAUCCAAACUACCAAGACAUUUCAGGGUGCACACCUCUACACUUGGCAGCUAGAAAUGGACAAAAGAAGUGCAUGGGAAGACUAUUGGAAUACAACGCAGAUGUUAACAUUUGCAACAAUGAAGGAUUAACUGCUAUCCACUGGUUGGCUGUUAAUGGACGUACAGAGCUCUUACAUGACCUGGUGCAGCACGUCACCAAUGUAGACGUGGAAGAUGCAAUGGGCCAAACAGCUCUGCAUGUGGCCUGUCAGAAUGGACACAAGACAACGGUACUAUGUCUUUUGGACAGUGGGGCAGAUAUCAACAGGCCUAACGUCUCAGGAGCAACCCCUCUUUACUUUGCGUGCAGUCAUGGUCAGCGAGACACAGCACAGAUUCUUCUGUCAAGAGGAGCCAAGUACCUGCCUGACAAAAAUGGAACCACCCCCUUAGACCUCUGUGUACAGGGGGGCUAUGGAGAAACAUGUGAGAUUUUAAUACAGCAUCACGGAAGAUUAUUCCAGAGCCUCAUCCAGAUGACACAGAAUGAUGAUUUUAAGGAGAAUAUGCUACGUCAAGUUCUUGAGUACGUCUCCCAACAGAAUGAAAGCCACUACCAGAGGAUGUUGACUGGUCUUGCUGAAGUAGCCACUACAAACGGGCACAAACUUUUGAGUCUAUCAAGUAAUUAUGAAGCCCAGAUGAAGAGUCUCCUGCGGAUUGUGAGAAUUUUUUGUCAUGUCUUUCGCCUGGGUCCUGCCUCUCCAAACAAUGGGAAUGACAUGGGUUACAAUGGAAAUAAAACACCCAGAAGUCAAGUUUUCAAGGUCAGAAAAGUAUAUGACGUUGUGAAGAAAGACGUCAAUGCCGGUAAAGAGAUGAGUUUCACAGAGCAUGCAAACACUACUGUGACAACUCCUGAACAGGAACCUUUGGAAUUACUCUGGCACUCCUUAGAUGAAUGGAUGGUUUUGAUAGCAACCGAACUGGAGAAAAACCAAAAGGACCCCGAUUCAGGUGCCACCAAUAUCACCUCUAUUUUACUGAAGCAGAGGGAGGCCGAUUCCAAUUCCUCCCCUGCUUUAGGAGAGAAUGGACUCCAGUCUGCGAUAGCCAAAAGCAACAACCAAGGGCAACUGAUCCCAGAUACAAUCCUUGAGAAUCAGGAAGGCUAUGCCGAUGGUGAAGACGUCAUUUCCAUGACUGCGAGCAGGCUCAGUGCUGUCAUCCAAGCCUUUUACAUGUGCUGCUCCUGUCAGAUGCCUCAGGGAAUGACGUCUCCGCGGUUUAUAGAAUUUGUCUGCAGGCAUGAUGAAGUUCUGAAGUGCUUUGUUACCAGAAACCCCAAAAUAAUAUUCAACCAUUUUCAUUUCCUCCUGGAGUGUCCUGAAUUGAUGUCCCGGUUUAUGCAUAUCAUAAAAGCCCAGCCCUUCAAAGACCGAUGUGACUGGUUCUAUGAGCACCUCCAUGCAGGCCAGCCUGACUCUGACAUGGUCCACAGGCCGGUCAAUGAGAAUGACAUCCUGCUUGUUCACAGAGAAUCCAUUUUCCGGAGCAGCUGUGAAGUUGUGUCUAAAUCAAGUAAUGAGAAACUGAAGCAAGGGAUUGCAGUGCGUUUCCAUGGUGAAGAGGGAAUGGGUCAAGGAGUUGUGAGGGAAUGGUUUGACAUCCUUUCCAAUGAGAUCAUUAAUCCAGACUAUGCGCUCUUUACUCAGUCAGCUGAUGGCACUACAUUCCAGCCAAACAGCAAUUCCUCUGUCAAUCCAGACCACUUGAACUACUUCCGAUUUGCAGGGCAGAUACUGGGCUUGGCUCUUUAUCACCGACAGUUGGUGAAUAUUUAUUUCACUCGCUCCUUCUACAAGCACAUACUUGGGAUUCCUGUCAACUACCAGGAUGUGGCCUCUAUUGACCCAGAAUACGCUAAAAACCUCCAGUGGAUUUUGGACAAUGAUAUCAGUGACUUGGGUCUGGAGCUCACCUUCUCAGUUGAGACAGACGUAUUUGGUGCUAUGGAAGAGGUACCUUUGAAACCUGGUGGAAUCAGUAUACUUGUUACCCAGAACAAUAAGGCAGAGUAUGUCCAGCUUGUAACUGAACUACGGAUGACCCGAGCUAUUCAGCCACAGAUUAAUGCUUUCUUGCAGGGCUUCCACACCUUCAUCCUGCCCUCUCUGGUACAGUUGUUCGAUGAAUAUGAAUUGGAACUGCUGCUUUCAGGGAUGCCAGAGAUUGACGUCGGUGACUGGAACAAGAACACGGAGUACACCAGUGGCUAUGACGUGGACGAGCCAGUUAUCAAGUGGUUUUGGGAUGUGGUGGAGAACCUUACACAGGAGGAGCGAAUUCUGCUGUUGCAGUUUGUCACUGGCAGUUCCAGGGUACCCCAUGGAGGAUUUGCAUUCCUUAUGGGUGGCAGUGGAAUGCAAAAAUUUACAAUAGCUGCAGUGCCAUACACUUCAAACCUGCUACCCACAUCGAGUACCUGCAUCAACAUGCUAAAACUUCCAGAAUAUCCAAGCAAAGAAGUCCUCAAGGAUAGACUUCUGGUGGCACUGCAUUGUGGGAGCUAUGGAUAUACUAUGGCAUAGUGACUUCCAAGACCAGAUCCAGCAAUAUUUUUGCACAAAACUCGAUUAUCUAUCUAUCUAUCUAUCUAUCUAUCUAUCUAUCUAUCUAUCUAUCUAUCUAUCUAUUAUAUUACAUUGUUAACAUUGAUGUGUGUUGUGAGAGCAGGACUAACAUUUAAUCUUUAAGAAAAAAUUACCUUAUUUUAAACCCUUUCCACAUUCAUAUACAGCUGUGGCCAAAAGUUUUGCAUUACCUAGA